AUGGAAAAUGGGAGGAGUCUGAAAUCAUGUUCAUCAUCAUCAGGAGCUUCCUCAAGUGGGUCUUCUUCUUCAGUUGGUGUAGUUGUUGUUGGCCCAGUGAGCCCAAAGUCCCCUCCUUCUGGUUCAUUGGAUAUGUAUGGGAAGAGGAGGCAGCUUGUUAAAGUUCAAGUCUUGGAAAGAGAGAUUGCCCUCCUUCAAGAAGAGUUGAAAGCUGUGGACGUCCUUCAACCAGCUUCAAAGUGCUGCAGAGAGGUUCAUGAAUAUGUUGAUGGUAGACAGGAUCCUUUCAUCUCAAAAAAAGAGGAGUCUCAUCUGUUGCAUAAGCCCUGCCUCUCCUGGAAGCAACUAUGUCGGCCAUGGGGUUGCUGCCUCAGUGAAUGUCAAUGCCACGUUCGACUCCCCAAAUGCCUGUCCUGUUGUACCUGCCGCCGGCGUCAGAGCAGCGGCCGCCGCCAAUCCGGCUCCGACUCCAACUCCAACUCCAAUUGCAGCAGUUGUUGGGGGAAACCAACUUGCAAGAGGGGCAACUGCAAUGGUUGUUGCCUAAUGAAGAAUCCAUCAUCGUGUCUAUCUUGUAGUAACUGUACAAAGGUGAACGGUUGUUGUCCUAGUUGUUCGAACAAUUGCUGCUGUUGCUGCUACAAGUCAUGCUGCUGUCUAUGA